AACAAGGGUAGUGGCAACUGAAAGAUUGCCACAUGAUCCAAAAACUGAACCCAAGUCAUUCGAACUAGAAAAGUGAUUAGCGAAAGUCACGUAUUUGUGCUCCAGUUUUGUGCAGUUUAUCUAAUAUCUUUCUCGUUUGCAAGAGCUUAAAACUGUUUCACUAGUCUCAUUUAUUACUUCAGCAAACAUGAUACGCCAACAACGUCUUGCAGGACGCCCCUUAACAAAAAAAUCCCUGGCAUCAGUAAAGCAAUCGACUGAUGAUGAUGAAGGGUAUGGCACGUGUUCACCAGCAAAUUCACAAUUAACAGACGCCUUCACAUUUGUGAAAACACCUCUUUGCCCCGCCAUUCACAUUGUUAACAAGGUUUCAGAAGACGAAUGGUCUGCCUUGGAAAAGGAUCUAAAUCGCGCACUUACUAUGCAACCGCUGACUGAAUGUUGUGGAACGAAACCAACGGAAUUCAAUGCCAAAGUUGCCAAAAAACCUCUCUACAGUUUAGUUAACUAUGGAAGCAAGCAGUUACGAGUUGGCUGCCAAUUUUGCGCCAAAAAUGGAGAGCUUCGUAGUGUGGUAGACUCUCAUACAUUGCGCCAUCCGGUCACGCGUGCAAUCAUUUGUCCAGUACUGCGAAAGUAUGUUUGUGAAAUGUGCGGAGCUACAGGAGACAACGCGCAUACCAAAUUCUACUGCCCCACUAAUCGCAGCCAAAAGACGGCGCCUACAGCAAUCUUACUGAAAACUACUCGCCACAACGCAACUGGUAAACGGACCAAUCUGUAACAUGAUGGAAACUUCUUGAAGGAUUCGAUUGAUUGCCCAUUUUGGCAAUUAAAACUAUAUUGCUUGUAUUAUUUUUUUACUUUAAUGCGCAUAUCAUGAAAUUUAGAAAAAAUUGUCAUAUAGACUUAAAUGAGUUCAAUCGUGCUUGUCGUGCCAAUUCGUAUGUAUGGAUAUUCAGUUGCUACAAAGGAAUUUUGAUUACACUGCCUUAAAGAUCCA